AUGCCGGCAGCCGAGGGGUCGGGCCCCGGUACGGGGAAAGGUCGGUGUGAGAAGAGAAAGAGCAUGGAGGGGGCAGCUGGAGAGGGAGAGACCUACCUCUGCUCGCCAGGGGGAGGCAGGCCCGGCAGCCCCCGCGAGGGCCCCGGCGCUGACCCCAGCCCCGCUGCAGGCCGGAGCAGAGCCCCCACCACAGGGGCAGCCGAGUGGCCUAGACCACUGCCCACCCACUGCCGAGGCAGCAGGAGCACCGGCACGGGCAGCCGGGAGAGGCUGUGCCCACACAGCGCUGCCGGGGGCCUCCGCUGCCCACGUCCUGCAGUGCUCUGCCACGCUGGCAUGGCAGGGACCCGGCUGGGGGUGGCCCGGGGUUCGCCGGGAUAG